AUGCGGGUUGUUGCGAUAGUUUUGGGCAAGCUGAAAGGAUGCCCAAUACUAUCGCAACGAGGAAACGAAGAGCGAAUAACUAAAACAGUUCAUAAGGCUAAAGUGGAGUGGGGAGCCGGUGCGGGCAGGCUCCAAAGGACGUAUACUGAAGAAGAACUGACACGCAGUGUACUGAGGAAUGGCCUUGUAAAACCACCCGUAACCGGCGAGCGUGUACGAAAGGUUUGA